CCGAGAUGGCGUCAGCCGGAGACCCCCCUGCGGGCCCCCGGGACGCUGCCGACCAGAACUUCGACUACAUGUUCAAGCUGCUUCUCAUCGGGAACAGCAGCGUGGGCAAGACGUCCUUCCUGUUCCGCUACGCCGACGACUCCUUCACCCCGGCCUUCGUCAGCACCGUGGGCAUCGACUUCAAGGUCAAGACCGUCUACCGCCAUGACAAGAGGAUCAAGCUGCAGAUCUGGGACACGGCGGGCCAGGAGCGCUACCGCACCAUCACCACGGCCUACUACCGCGGCGCCAUGGGCUUCCUGCUCAUGUACGACAUCGCCAACCAAGACUCGUUCACCGCCGUGCAGGACUGGGCCACGCAGAUCAAGACCUACUCGUGGGACAACGCCCAGGUCCUCCUCGUGGGGAACAAGUGCGACCUGGAGGAGGAGCGCGUGGUCCCCGCCGAGGACGGCCACCGGCUGGCCGCCGACCUGGGUUUCGAGUUCUUUGAAGCCAGUGCCAAGGAGAACAUCAACGUGAAGCAGGUGUUCGAGCGCCUGGUUGACAUCAUUUGUGACAAGAUGAACGAGUCUCUGGAGCCCACCUCGAGUCCCGGCAGCAAUGGGAAAGGCCCGGCCCUGGGGGACGCCCCACCUCCCCAGCCCAGCAGCUGCAGCUGUUAGGGGUGAUAACCCCCGCCCCAAAUCAGCCUUCUCCUGCCUCGUCUAGGACAAUGACUGAGGCACGAGCCACGGGGGCUGGCUCCAAGCUCAGAGCACCCCCUUCCCUCCUGCCCGCACCCCCUCUGCCCCCCGCGUGCUCCCCUUUGCUUCUAGAGCCACGAGCCUCAGGACAGCUGGGCCUGGGGUCCUGGCUGUGUGCGAACUUGCUGCUUCUGUGGCAUUCUCGUGGCUGGCCGUGGGCAGUGUGUCCUACCACACAUCCAGCGGCGUCACCCGUGCCUUGCACUUCUGCCCGGCCACCCCCGGCACCCAGCCUGGUGUUUACAAGCUGCCUGAGGCUGGGCGCUGGUGAUGGCUCCCGCCUGUCAUCCUAGCGACUCAGGAGGCUG